GAUGUUCCAUGUAGCAGAGAAAGAGGAAGUGAAGAGGAGGAAGUGAUCUCGGUUCCCUCGGUUCCCUCGACUCGAGAACACAGACACAUUAUCCUCUCCGACGAAAGCCUUUCAUCUCAAGUCGUCCUGAGAUCUUGGCCGUGUUCACGUUGGACCUCCGUGACCUUUGACCUCCCUCAGGCCCCCCCUCUGACGGCGGCCGUGUCUCUGGCAGGUCGUGACCUCUGCGUCCACCAUGGCUCAAGGCUGCCUGCGCUGCCUGAAGUUCACCAUGUGCUUCGCCAACUUCCUCUGCUUCGUGUGCGGGGUGGCGGUGGUGACCUUCGGCAUCUACCUGACGGUGACCUUCCGGCUGGCCGCCCUCACGCCGGCGCUGGCCAGCUUCACGUCGGCCAACCUGCUGCUGGCCAGCGGCGUGGUCAUCACCGGCGUCGCCCUGCUCGGCUUCCUGGGCGCUCUGAAGGAGAACCGCUGCCUGCUGCUCACGUUCUUCCUGCUGCUGUUCUUCCUGAUGUUGGUGGAGCUGAUUGCAGCGUGCAUACUGCUCAUGUACGAGGGUCAGAUCGCUCAGCUGGUGAAGGAGGAUCUCAACGAGGGUUUGGAGAAGGCCAAAGGAGAGAACGUGAACAGCACGGACGUGAUGAGCGAGUGGGACGUGGUCCAGAGGAAGCUGGAUUGCUGUGGAGUCCACAACUGGACCGACUGGGGGGACAACGUGCCUGAGUCCUGCUGCCUGGAGCGCUGUCACAGCCCAGAGGCCCGGUACAGAGAAAAGGGUUGUUUGGAGACGUUGAAGAACUUGUUUGAGGAGAACUUCCUCACCACCGGGAUCUCCGUCAUCGUCCUCUGCAUCAUCGAGGUCCUGGGAAUGUGCUUCGCCAUGACGCUCUUCUGCCACAUCAGCAGAUCCGGACUGGGCUACAAGCUUUAGAUACGAUCUCAAUAUAUCGGUUAAUAUUGUACAAUUAUUGUCCUUUGGUCACAUCCCGUUGGCAGAGCUCUAGAAGAAAGAUGUUUCUGGAAGAUCAUAAAAACAUUAUUUGUGAUAUUAAUAAUUGUUUUGCUGUUUCAUCAGAAUGAUUCUCAAGUAAACAUUUCACAAAGCUGUGGCUCCAGGAAUGUGAGUGAAUAAGUAAAAUGAUAUUUCAGGCUCGUUUCUCUCAACAUCUUUAAGAGGGAAUAAUAAUGAAAAGCAUUAUAACAUUAAAUAUAUGAUAGAACUUUCUUCCAUGUCUUCAGUAUUAAAGACCUCCAUUUUGACUUCA